UCGUCGAUCACUUUUCUUUCAAUCCUUUGUAUACGUUUUACAAACAACUUUUUAGUGUCGACAAUGUUGGUUAAAAUUUUGGUACUUACAUUUGUUAUAACAUACGUUACAGCGGCAAUACCUUCGUAUAUACACGUAUGCGGACGCAAAGAUCCGAAUAUCGAUAAAUGCGUUGUGAACAGUAUUGAUUACUUGAGAAGUAAAAUAUGCGAAGGGAUCCCGGAAAUGAAUGUAACACCAUUACGAUUAUUUCAUGUCUCCAAACUGAUCAUUUCCGAUACAGACAAUGCUAAAUUAUAUCUUAAGGAUAUGCAAAUAUUUAAACUUUGCGAUUUUGUUAUAAACAAUUUGCAUAUAGAUCUCGACAAAAACAAUUUCAGUAUACAAGUAUUAUUUAAAGAUAUAUUUGUGAACGCCACAUACGAUUUUGACAUACGUGUGCUGGUGCCUAUUACUACCACGGGACAAGUUUCUCUUUCAGCAGGAGAUGUAAAUGCGGAUUUAAGCAUAGAAAUGAAAAUAGUAAGGAAAAAUGGUAAAAAACACAUAUAUAUAUCAAAAUUGACUAUAAAUCUCAUCCCAAAAGAGUUCAAUUUUAAAUUUGAACACAAUGAUUCAGACCAGAUGCAAGACAUUAUUGCGAAUUUUAUGGGCAGUAAUACGCAAGAGGUUCUUGCAACCAUAAAACCGCCGAUAGAAAAAGCACUUUCUGAAACAAUUAUUUCAAUGGGUAACAACAUUGUUAAACAUUUCACGUAUGAUGAACUUUUCCCCGAUCAAUUGUAAAUUGUAAAUGUAAGUUUACGAUUAAAAAAUUUUGUGUUACAUGAUUUUUUUAUACAUUUUUUUGUUCAUUGAAAAUAUAAUAAAAAAUGUAUUUCUGUUAAAACAACAUAACUAUUCUCGAAUGUUUACGCAGAGAGCAAAAAUAAAGUUGACAGU